UUGUUCUAAACAUUUUGUCUGUGGAUGGAGCUUCUCCACCCUUCUCCUCCUUAUCCUCCGUGUAUAACAAUUUCAUGGUCUUCAUCCAUUUCCUCAUCAGCGCCCAUAACCUGUUCGACCAAAUUCCCCAACAAAAACCACUUCCAUUCUUCUUCUUUUCGCGUUUACUCAUUGAAACGCUCUUCCAAGCCUUCAUACGAAGGACUUCAGAAGGAUCCUAAGAAGGACUUGUCCCGCAUUCUUCGAACCGAAGCUGCUAUCAAAGGCGUUGAGAAUAAAGCCAAGUCAUGGAAACAUAAACAGCUUUGGCCUAAGGCUGUUCUUGAAGCUUUGGAUGAUGCUAUCAAAGGGUGUCAGUGGCAGAACGCUCUAAUGAUUUUCGAACUUCUUCGAAAUCAAUAUUGGUAUGAACCAAGAUGCCAAACUUAUACAAAGCUGUUGAUGAUGCUUAGCAAGUGCAAGCAGCCUAAAGAGGCUAGUCAACUCUAUGAAACCAUGUUGUUUGAAGGGCUUAAACCUACUGUUGAUGUCUUAACCGCUCUUGUAAGUGCUUAUGGUCAAAGUGGUCUCUUUCGUCACGCAUUUUCUACUAUUGAAGAUAUGAAAUCAGUUGUUGAUUGCAAACCAGAUGUAUAUACAUAUUCUGUUCUUAUAAGUUGUUGUGCAAAGUUUCGUCGAUUUGAUUUAAUUGAACGCGUUCUUGCGGAUAUGUCAUAUUCGGGCAUUGAAUGUAACAGUGUGACAUAUAAUUCCAUCAUUGAUGGAUAUGGCAAGGCUGGCAUGUUUGAGCAGAUGGAGAAUUCAUUGACAGAUAUGAUUGAAAAUGAAAACUGCCAACCAGAUGUUUUCACGUUGAAUUCUUUGAUAGGAUCAUAUGGAAAUGGUGGGAAAAUUGAUAAGAUGGAGAAGUGGUAUGAUGAAUUUCAGCUAAUGAGCAUAAAGCCAGACAUAAAGACAUUCAACAUGAUGAUAAAGUCGUAUGGCAAAGCAGGCAUGUACGAUAAGAUGAAGAGUGUGAUGGAUUUCAUGGAGAGGAGGUUUUUCGCUCCAACAAUUGUAACAUAUAAUACCGUCAUUGAAGUUUAUGGCAAAGCCGGAGAAAUUGAGAAGAUGGAUAAACACUUUAAAAAUAUGAAGCAUAUAGGAAUGAAACCUAAUUCUGUAACGUAUUGCUCACUUGUCAAUGCGUAUAGCAAAGCUGGGCUUAUUCGCAAAAUUGACUCAAUCUUGAGGCAUGUAGAAAAUUCUGAUGUCAUUUUGGAUACUCCCUUCUUUAAUUGCAUAAUUAGUGCCUAUGGUCAGGUUGGCGACUUAAAAAAGAUGGGUGAGUUAUUCUUGGCAAUGAGAGCAAGAAAAUGUGAGCCUGAUAGGACCACCUUCACUUGCAUGAUCCAGGCUUAUAAUACCCAAGGCAUAACUGAGGCUGCUAAAAAUUUGGAAACCAUGAUGAUUUCUGCCAAAGAUAGCUCAGAUACUAAGCUGAUUGGAUGCUAGCAUAGCCAAUUUUGAUUGCAGACUACACAAUUCUAUUCAUCAAUUUCCACGGUGAUUCCAAUGUGGAAAGAUUUGUAAACUUUAGAAGGGUAUUCAGAAAUGACAACAAUGGGGUGCACAUUGGACUCUGUACGUAUUUGGAUUGAUGCGGAAUCACGGUGUGUCAUCGUAAUUUUAGAAAAAGUUAAAUUUUAAAGCUUCAACAAAGUUAUGGUGUCACCGUGAUUCCAAUCAUGCACCAAGUAACUAAACGUUGAAUUUAUUUAUCACAAUCCAAAAAGUAGUAUCAACCAUACUCAAAGUGUCCUAUUGGUUCACCAGUACCUUAUAAUGCAAUAGAUCCACUCAACCAAUUGGUGAUCCAUUCUUGUGGGGAGUAAUCGAAGUAUGUGAUGGUUGAUGUUUUGUAGUCUAUGCAAAAUCUAGCUACCUUCCUUACCCUUGCAUAAAAAUCCUACCCCAAAAUCUAGCUACAAGCCAAAAUUGAUGUUUUGUAUCCUCGGGUUUGGUUUCUGGCUUGCUGCAAGCCAAAAUUGCUUGUGGGGGGCCUGCUUUUCCCAACUCUGGCUAUUAAAGAAACAUGUGUUAUCGAAAGUGAACUUUUGGACAGUAUAAAUUAGUGAUUUUUCGAGAUGUAGAUAUCCCAAACAGAAAGUUUUUUCCUUACUAUGGGGGAUUGUAUCUCAUCAAGUACAUGGAAAUAUUUAAAUGAAUGAAAAUGUAAACCCUGAAAUGCCGAGGGUCCUGCAAUUAGUUUGAUCAUGCAAUUAGGUUUGUGCUAGGCAACUUCGAGAACUAAGUUGACCAACCUAAUUCGUCCAAUGUGAUUGAUGAUUUUAAUUUCACAUAUUAGUUAGGAAUUUCAUUAAUUUUAAGGACCAAAUUGUUUGAUUAAGUUUAGGGACUAAUAUUAUCAAUCAUAUUUUACAUCGAUAGUUUUUUACAUGUCAUUUUGAUCAUAAUAGGUUGAUAUCACUUAAAAGAGAUAUAGAUUAUCUUUUCUGCAAUAUAGAUGGUCGGUAUCUAUGUUAAUGUUGAUGCUUUUAUACCUUAUGAAAAGUACGUCUUGAAAUA